ACAAGCGCAGUUAACCCCUUGGUUGCCAGAGAAGACAGCAAUACAUUUCCACUGCACCAGCCAAGGGGUUAAAGACAGAGUGAGGAGGUGACCUUAUCAAGAGGAGGGCUGUGAGCGCAGAUCUACUGUGGGACUCACACCAGGGAGCAGUGCUACAUGUCAGCGAAUCAGUGAAUUGCAGGCAGAGGAGAUAUCUAAUGCAUUGUAACACACAGAGUUCUAGGCACUCGGAUGCCUCUUCUUGGUAAAAGAUGUGUCAUGGAAUGAAAGCAAGGAGUGGAGAUCCAUUUCUAGGUCAGCAGCAGACAAUUCUGGUAGUACUUCUCUGGGUCCAGCUAUCUCUGUGCUUUGGCCCUGUGCAGCUCACUGUGGGAUUUGAUGAUUUUAACACUUGUUCGGUCCCGGAAGUACCAGAGAAUGGCUAUAGGACACAGAGUAUAGAAGUUUUCUUUGAAAACACUGUUGUUCGAUUCCAUUGCCAGAAUGGAUAUAAACUCAAAGGCCCAGCUAAGAAAAUGUGUGUGCAGCUGUUCAAUGGCUCACUUACCUGGAAACCUAGUGAAAAACCACAGUGCCUCCAAGAAGUCACAGAUUGCCUUGCUCCCUAUGUGAAAGAUGCUGAUGUUGUCAACAAGACGUACAGAACUGGAGACAAGUUAAUGAUCAGCUGCCGGGAGGGAUUCCAGACUCGCUACCCUGACUUAGACAACAUGGCUUCAGUGUGUCAAGAUGAUGGAACGUGGGAUAAUCUGCCCACUUGUCAAGGCUGCCUCAGACCACUGGUUCUUCCUCACAGUUAUAUCAACAUAUCUGAAUUUGAUUCCUCGUUUCCUGUGGGGAGAGUGGUUUACUACCAGUGCUUUCCAGGGUACAAGCUGGAGGGGGCAGAGUAUCUGGAGUGCAUGUAUAACCUCAUCUGGUCAGAUGAACCACCCAGGUGCCUUGAUGUUGAAGCUUAUGAGCUUUCAAGAAAAACAGAGGAUUUGUCAAAAGUUGUCUCACCUGAAGAAAUGGAGAAGCUGAUUAAACAAAUCAAUGACAAGGCAGCGGAGCUGCAGAAAGUAAAAAAAGAAAGAAAAUGGCAAAAGUUCCUAAGGGAUGAACAAGAUUAUCAGCUGGGGAAUGUAUACAAGUGGAGGAGCGGUAACCAAGGUUAUAGAUAUAACAACAAAAGGGGUGAGAGACGUAGACCCAAUCAGCUGCAAGAAGGGAGACCAGGUGACCUGUGGGGAGCUAAGGAGUCCGGCUCUGCCACAGAAGGUUCGUCAUCCCCUUUAGAUACGAGCAGCGAUGACGGAGGAGUAGAGGCGGGCGGAAAUAUCGCAAGAGGCAGAGGACAGAUCAGGAGAUCUAACCGGAGAGGAGGGCAGCUGCAGAACAGGCAGUGCUGA